AUGCUAGUGCAUCUUCACAUUGCGGCACUUGCCGCGCUGGCAGCUUCGUCCGCGUGGGCCAAGCAGGCCGAAGAAAAGUGGUACAACCCGAAUGGCGUGAACCCUGAACUGAAGAAGCUCACCAAGAUUGUGCUUUUCAUGCAGGAGAACCGCGCCUUUGACCACUACUUUGGUACUAUGCCGGGUGUUCGUGGUUUCCAAGAUCCAAACGUGAUGGUCUCGAACAACACAGGCAAGACUGUCUUUCACCAGCCCGUUGACGAUUCCAUCCUGAUCCCAGCACCACCGAAACAUGUGAAGGAGAUCAAGCCUUUCUACCUGAAUUGGGCUGGCGCCGAGUGGAAUGACAAGACCCAGUGUAUGGUGGCCGGUACGAACAGCUGGCAAGCGAACCAUGCCGCGUGGAACAAGGGCAACAAUGAUCACUGGGCCCUCGGCAACAAUGUGUACAGUUUGGGCUACUACCAUAAGGACGAUAUUCCCAUUCAGUAUGAGCUGGCUGACAAAUUCACCGUGGGUGAUAUGUACUUUGAGUCCGUGAUUGCUUCUACGAUUCCCAACCGCGUGUCGUGGUGGACAGGCACCAUCAAUCCACCACACGGCAGUGAGGUUCCCGGACCCAAUGUGCUCAGGGGUGGUCCUGUCGUGGACAAUGACGUCAUUCCAGGCUGCAAGCCUGCUAGCGGUGGUGGCUUGUACACAUGCGUGCCCUUCGACUGGAAGACGACAGCAGAGUACCUGCAAGAGAGGGACAUUUCUUGGCGUGUGUACCAGGAUAUCGACAACUUCUUCGACGAUACUCUCUACUACUUUAAGAAAUUCCAAGCUGCUGCACUAAAGGGUGAGGAAAUGGCUGAGCGCGGUCUCACUUUCCCUGGCUUGGAGCGCUUUUACGAAGACGCUCGCACAGGAAACUUGCCGGACGUGUCGUACAUCAUGGCUCCUACCAACCUUGUAGAGCACCCACCGAUGCGCCCCCAGGAUGGUGGCUGGCUUCAAAAGGAGGUGGCUAAUGCUGUUAUGAACGGAAAGGACUGGAACUCGACGGCGCUUAUCUUCUCGUACGACGAGACAGGCGGCUGGGCCGAUCAUGUCAUGGCACCUCACGCCCCGCAGAGUGUCAAGAGUGAGUGGAUGACGGAUCCUUUCGACAAGAAGCUCGGUAACCAGCCUAUUGGCCCUGGCUACCGUCUUCCUUUCUAUAUUAUUUCGCCGUAUACGCAGGGUGGUCAUGUGUUCACGGAGCAUACGACACAUGAAAGUCAGAUCAUGUUCUUGGAGAAGUGGGCCGAAGCGCAUGGCAAGCCAUUCUACACCAAAGAAAUCCCUAAGUGGCGCCGUGAGCAAUACAGUGAUUUGGUGAAGGCCUUCGACUUCAGCAAGAAAGAAAGCAAAGUCGUGCCCCUCCCGCAGAUUCCUGAUGCCUCCAAGGACCUUCUCACCGGUCUGUACAAUGGUGGUAUCAAGUGCCUCGCUCGCAACUUGGGCCAGCGUCCACCUGUUCCAUAUGAGCGCCAGGACGAAAGCAAUACUUUGGAGACGACGAAGGGAUUUAAACCCGUGCGUGGUGACUUGACAGAGGGCCGUCGUUUGACCUUCGAGGCGCAUGGACGUGCCCUCAGCCAUGCGAACGCCAAGCUUGGCACAAGCCGUUCAAAUAUCGACCACGACGGCGAUGACCAGCUCUUCGUGCUUCAAUGGCUUGGCACAGCGCCAAAGGACAACCGCUUCCAUAUCACGACCGAAAAGGGUCACUACAUUACCAAAGACCUUUCCUUGAGUGGAAACAAGCAUGAGGCUGGUGUCUUCUCUAUUAAGGACAUGGGCAACGGCGUCGGCUAUAAGGUAACUGAGUUGCACGCCCACAAGCAGCUUUCCAUCCAAAAGAAUGGUGAAGUGUCGUACGGUGAUGCAUCCUACCUCAAGAUCUAUAGUGUUACUCGUUAA